AUCUCUGACAGCACACAACCACACUUUCCAGGGAACAGUCACAAAGAUGAAGGUGGAUAUUCACAAUCACAUUUUACCAAGGGAAUGGCCCGACUUGAAACAGAGAUAUGGAUAUGAAGGGUUUGUUCAGCUUCACCAUCACUGCAAGGGUGAAGCCGACAUGAUGAAGGAUGGGAAACUGUUCCGAGUGAUACAGGAAAACUGCUGGGAUGCAGAUGCUCGUAUACGGGACAUGGACCAAUACGGUGUCACAGUUCAAGCACUAUCAACUGUCCCUGUGAUGUUCAGUUAUUGGGCCAAACCCCAUGACACACUGGAUCUCUGCGUCCUUUUAAACGAUGAUCUGGCCCAAACGGUGCGCAGCCACCCCAAGAGGUUUGUGGGUCUGGGCACGCUGCCCAUGCAGGCCCCCGAUCUGGCUGUACUGGAGAUGAGACGCUGCGUGAAGGAGCUCGGCUUCCCGGGAGUGCAGAUCGGGUCGCAUAUCAAUCACUGGGACCUUAACGCUUCAGAGCUCCAUCCGUUUUACGCUGCAGCAGAGGAGUUGGGCUGCUCCAUAUUUGUUCACCCGUGGGACAUGCAGACAGAUGGGAGGAUGGCUAAGUAUUGGCUGCCCUGGCUGGUGGGCAUGCCGUCAGAGACAACCAUGGCUAUCUGCUCCAUGAUAUUUGGAGGCAUAUUCGAGAAAUUUCCCAAACUGAAAGUCUGCUUUGCUCAUGGAGGUGGCUCUUUCCCUUUCACUGUUGGCAGAAUUGAACAUGGACACAAAGUCCGUCCAGACCUCUGCGCAGUUGACAACAACAUCAGUCCACGGAAAUACCUCGGCUCUUUCUACACCGACUCCCUCGUUCACGAUCCCACGGCCCUCAAGCUGCUCAUCGACAUUGUUGGAAGAGAUAAAGUGAUGCUGGGAACAGAUUAUCCUUUCCCGCUGGGUGAACUGCAGCCUGGAUCGCUGAUCGAGUCGAUGGAGGAGUUUGAUGAAUCUCUGAAGGACAAAUUGCUUGCUGGAAAUGCUCUGGAAUUUCUGGGACUGGAAAGAGAGAAGUUUGUGUAACACUUG